GUGUUGCUUACGCGCCGUUUACGCUAUGCGUGCGGUGGGUGACCGGCGUAAGUCUAUGAUCGGAAGGUCGAAACGUCACGGCUUAACAAGCGGAUAGACCUUAGUUAGACCGGUUUUCUUUGCGCAGUGUAUGGUUACUAUGGUGACAACAGUUUGGUUGCCCCUUUUCCACUAACGAUACGUAUCUACCGAGCUUAGGUAUUUUACUAUUAUUAAGUGUUGCUGACACGACAGCACUCCAAACUAAAAUAAGCUUGUAAGUGAACCACCUAGCUAUUUUUCGUGGUUUAGCUCUUGGUUUCGUUGUUUUACUACUCGAAGUAAGCUGUUAACGCAUACAUGGACAUGGCCGUUUCACGCAUGCUUACUGGUAGUAGCCGUUUAGAACAUUUUGUUUACUAGACUAACGUUUGUAAUCAACUAUUCUCUAAAAUUCGCUUCAUAGCCAUCGGAUAUUGUCGUCACCGUCUGGAUAUGAACAGAUUAGAAUGUGUCGUGGAGUCCCCAAAAAAUCUGUCCAACAAGGCCAUUGGUCAUCAAGCAGUUCGACGCCCAGAUGGAGUCAUGGUGGAAUCACUUGAUGUUCAACCACGGAAAGACUCCACUGUUCCAGUAAAAGAAAUGGAAAAGGAACUUGGGAAGUUGGAGGUGGUCAGUAUUGAUGGGAUUUUACCAGUGGAAACCAAUGAAAGCACUUCUCUGACCAGAGAAUAUGCGGGAUCCACCUUUUCCGGCUGUAAGGCCUUAAGGACCGACAUUAAUAUAAAAGGAAAACAGUCGCCUGAUACUACAGAUGGGACAGGAGAGCAAGCAUGUGCACAGGAUCAGCCAGGGUCUCUGCAGUCUGCCGACUACUUGUGCAUGACAUCUCAGGAUGAUUCCAAGCCGGAGGAAGAAGGGGAGAUCAGUGAAGAUGAGGAGCACAGAGCCCCGAUUGAGUUGUUUGCUGAGUUCCUGAAGUCAGUGAUGGAUAAAGACUACAUCCUUGCAAAAAAGCUCUGUCAAAUGAUUCUUAUUUAUGAGCCUGAUAACCCUGAAGCUAAACAAUUCAUUCCCUUAAUUGAAGAGAAGUUGCUUUUAGGACAGGAAGAUGAUGAGAGCUCCAAUGACACGGAGGAUAGCUCUGACUCCAGCGACAGCGAGGGGGAGUCCACUUCGAGCUCUGACAGCUCAUCCUCAUCAGAACAAGAAGGAAAGAAGAAAAAACACAAACUCUGUCCACCACCUCCUGUAUCUAAUUGACUUAUUUAUUGAUUAGCUUAUUUGAGUUUGACAUGCAUUGUGCAAAGUUGGACUACCAUGUCCUUAAAGCAUGUGGCUAUACUUACAGUUUGUUUAUGCAAUGCCUCUGUUAAAAGGAAUGUUGCAUGCUAUAUUCACUGUUCUUAAGACCAAUAUUUUGAAAUAAUUUUUAGUCUGUUAAUAAACCAAGCUACAGAA